AGCCCCGCGCCCCGGCCCCGCUGAGCGCAGCGCCCUCCCGGCGGCGGCACGAUGCUGUGCUUCCUGCGGGGAAUGGCCUUCGUCCCCUUCCUCCUAGUGACCUGGUCGUCCGCCGCCUUCAUCAUCUCCUACGUGGUCGCGGUGCUCUCCGGGCACGUCAACCCUUUCCUCCCCUACAUCAGUGAUACAGGAACAACACCUCCAGAGAGUGGUAUUUUUGGAUUUAUGAUAAACUUCUCUGCGUUUCUUGGUGCAGCCACGAUGUACACAAGAUAUAAAAUAGUAGAGAAGCAAAAUCAAACCAGCCGUUUCAGCACGCCUGUUUUUAACUUGGUGUCAUUGGUUCUUGGAUUGGUGGGAUGUAUCGGAAUGGGCAUUGUAGCCAAUUUUCAGGAGUUAGCUGUCCCCGUGGUCCACGAUGGUGGCGCUCUUUUGGCUUUCAUCUGCGGUGUCGUGUACACGCUCCUGCAAUCCAUCAUCUCUUACAAAUCGUGUCCCCAGUGGAACAGACUGUCCACGUGCCACGUACGGCUGGCCAUCUCUGCCAUUUCCUGCGCAGCUGUCAUCCCCAUGAUUGCCUGUGCUUCACUGAUUUCUAUAACCAAGCUGGAGUGGAAUCCAAAAGAAAAGGAUUAUGUAUAUCACGUAGUGAGUGCGAUCUGUGAAUGGACAGUGGCCUUUGGUUUUAUUUUCUACUUCCUAACAUUUGUCCAAGAUUUCCAGAGUGUCACCCUAAGGAUAUCCACAGAAAUCAACGGUGCCGUUUGAAGAAAGAAGACUCCUAUCUCAGUCAAUGAAAGUCGCAGACAAUUUCUAGAAGGGGUACAGAGGACAGGCAGAGUUUUAAUGCUGCCCUGAGUGGAAUGCAUGUAUGGCACAUCCAGGACUUGAAUUUCAUUAAGAUUCCCAAUGGUUGUACUGUUUUCAAAGGUAUGUUUUCCUAGAGAAUGUAGAGCAUUUAUGACAUUGUAGCAAUGUUUUUAUAAUUUUCCAAGUAGGCACUUUUUUAUGUUGACAAAUUCGUUACAGAAAGGAUAAGUGGUUACAGAAAAUGGAGAGCUCUUAGUUUGUACAGAUUCCGUUUUGCUUUUUCUGUGUGUGUGAGUGACUUACGGAAAUACACUAAU